AUGCUGAUCGUGCCGACCCUCUUCGGCAUCAUCACGGUGAAUUUCUUCAUCGUGCAGUUGGCGCCCGGCGGUCCUAUCGAUCAGAUUAUCGCGCAGAUGACGGGUGAGGCGGUCGGCGCAAGCAGCCGCAUCGCUGGCGCUGCCGUUGAUACCGCGGCGACCGAGAUCACGUCGCAGUAUCCCGGUGCGGACGGCAUCGACCCGGCAAUGAUCACGGCGCUGGAAAAACAGUUCGGUUUCGACCGGCCGUUGCACGAGCGCUACCUGCAGAUGCUCUGGGAUUAUUUACGAUUCGAUCUGGGCGAGAGCUUCUAUCAGGACCGCCGGGUCGUCGACCUCGUGAUUGAGCGGUUUCCGGUGUCGAUCUCGCUGGGCCUGUGGUCGAUGCUCUUGACCUAUUUGAUUGCCAUUCCACUCGGUGUCGCCAAGGCAGUACGCGAUGGCAGCCGUUUCGACGUCUGGACCAGUGCCGCGAUUUUUGUCGGUUAUGCAAUGCCAGGAUUUCUGUUCGCGAUCCUGUUGAUCGUCUUGUUCGCGGGAGGCACCUAUUUAGAUCUGUUUCCGCUUAAAGGCAUCGUUUCUGAGAACUUUGCCGAGCUGUCGAUGGCUGGCAAGAUUGCCGACUAUUUCUGGCACAUGACGUUGCCGGUCGCUGCAUUGACGGUCGGUGGUUUCGCGACACUCACGAUGCUCACCAAGAACUCGUUCCUCGAGGAGUUGAGUAAGCAAUUUGUGCUGACCGCUCGCGCCAAGGGUUUGGACGAGCGUCGCGUCCUCUACGGCCACGUGUUCCGUAACGCCAUGCUCAUCAUUGUGGCGGGAUUCCCGGCAGCAUUAAUCGGCGUCCUGUUCACCGGGGCGCUCCUCAUCGAGGUGAUCUUCUCCCUGGAUGGGUUGGGCUUGCUCGGCUUCGAGGCGGCGUUAACGCGCGACUAUCCCAUCAUGUUCGGCACGCUGUAUGUGUUCACCCUGGUUGGACUGCUACACGCGGUGCUUAGUCUGACCCCACUGACUCGGCGCCGGCUCGCCAAUUUCCGCGCCAAUCGACGCGGGGUCUGGUCGCUCAGGAUCUUUCUCGUGCUGUUGGUGCUUGCGCUCUCCGCGGAAUUCAUCGCGAACGACAAACCGGUGUUGCUGAGCUUCCAUGACAAGUUGUAUAUGCCGGUUUUGUACAACUAUCCCGAAACCACCUUCGGCGGCGCGCUGCUUUCGGAAACCGACUACCGUGACCCCGAAGUCCGGGCCUUGAUCGAGAACGGUGGCGGCUGGAUGGUCUGGCCGCCGAUACCGUUCAGCUACGACACCAUCGAUUGGCAAAUCGGCGAGCCCGUGCCGUCGCCACCUUCAUCCCGUCACCUGCUCGGCACAGACGACGUCGCGCGCGAUGUGCUGGCGCGCAUCAUCUACGGCUUUCGGUUAUCGGUGCUGUUCGGCCUGUUGCUGACACUGCUGAGCUCCGUGAUCGGCAUCGGCGUUGGUGCAGUUCAAGGCUUCUUCGGUGGUUGGGUCGAUCUCCUCGGGCAGCGCCUGGUCGAAAUCUGGGCGGGAUUACCAAUGCUGUUCCUGCUCAUCAUCAUGGCGAGCCUCGUGCAGCCGAGCGUGUUCACGUUGCUCGGUCUGUUACUGUUGUUUAGCUGGAUGGCGUUGGUCGGGGUGGUCAGGGCGGAAUUCCUGCGCACCCGCAACUUCGAUUAUGUGCAAGCCUCGCGCGCGCUGGGUGUCUCGAAUUUCGACAUCAUGCGCCAGGACGUGCUGCCCAACGCGAUGGUCGCGGCAUUGACCUUUCUGCCGUUCAUUCUGACGGGCUCCAUCAUCACGUUGACCUCGCUGGACUUCCUCGGUUUUGGCCUGCCCGCUGGUUCACCCUCGCUGGGCGAGUUGCUUGCGCAGGGCAAGGCGAACCUGCAUGCCCCGUGGCUCGGCUUGUCUGGCUUCUUUGCGUUGCUGGUGAUGUUGACGUUGUUGAUUUUCGUCGGCGAGGCCGUGCGCGAUGCUAAACGCAUUGUGGAGGUCGACAACCUGGCGGUGGCGUUCCACGAAAAAACGGUCGUGCGUGAUGUGAGUUUCCACAUUGAACGGGGCGAGACGCUGGCCCUGGUCGGUGAAUCCGGUUCAGGCAAGUCGGUCACCGCCUUGUCGAUUCCACAAUUGUUGCCCUAUCCGCAGGCGCGUCAUGCAACAGGUUCCAUUCGCCUUGAUGGCAUCGAGAUGAUCGGUGCGUCCAAGGCGACGUUGCUGAAAAUGCGCGGUAACCGAGUGAGCAUGAUUUUUCAGGAACCGAUGACCUCGCUCAAUCCGCUGCACACGAUCGAGCGUCAAGUCGGUGAAAUUCUGUUCGUGCACCAGCGGCUGGGCCGGCAAGCGGUGCACAAACGCACGCUGGAGUUGUUGGAUCUCGUGGGUUUGCAACACGCGAGCGAACGGCUCAAUGCAUAUCCCCACGAGCUGUCCGGCGGCCAACGCCAGCGUGUCAUGAUUGCCAUGGCGCUGGCGAACGAGCCGGAUUUGUUGAUCGCUGAUGAACCGACUACCGCACUCGAUGUCACCAUUCAGGCGCAGAUAUUGAACUUGCUCAAAGAUCUGCAGAAACGGCUCGGCAUGGCCUUGCUGUUGAUCACCCACGACCUCGGCAUCGUGCGCAAGAUUGCCGAUAGGGUGUGCGUGAUGCACGAUGGUGUCAUCGUCGAAACGGCCCCGACCGAAAGCCUGUUCACUGCACCGACGCAUGACUAUACCCGGGCGCUCCUGACCGCGCAGCCCAAAGGCGCACCGGUUGUCGCCAUGCCGGAUGCGCCGCCGCUGCUGACCGCUACCGGAGUGUCCGUGCACUUCCCGAUCGGCAAAGGCUUUUUUUCGCGGAAACGGGUUUUGAAAGCCGUCGAUGAUGUCUCCAUCAAGAUCAAAGCCGGACACACAAUCGGCAUCGUCGGCGAAUCGGGCUCGGGUAAAACCACGCUCGGUAAAGCCUUGUUGCGGCUGGUUGCGAGCCAAGGGAGUGUCGUUUUCGACGGCGAUCAACUCGAUGGUCUGAGUGGUAACGCGUUGCGACCGUAUCGCCACCGGAUGCAGAUCGUCUUUCAGGACCCAUACGGCUCGUUGUCACCGCGCCGUUCGGUCCGCCAGAUUGUCGAGCAAGGCCUGCGCGUGCAUGAGCGGAUGCUCGACGACGCUGAACUGGCCACGUUGGUUGACCAGGCAUUGAUCGACGUCGGGCUCGAUCCGGCAGAUAAGGAACGUUAUCCCCACGAGUUUUCCGGCGGUCAACGGCAACGUAUCGCCAUCGCCCGAGCCAUCGUGCUGCGUCCCAGCCUGAUCAUUCUUGAUGAGCCGACCUCGGCGCUGGACAAGCCGGUGCAGGCGCAAGUGGUUGACCUGUUGCGCGAGCUGCAAACCCGCUACGGCUUGUCGUAUGUAUUCAUCAGCCACGAUUUGAAAGUGGUCCGCGCAUUGGCCAAUGAAGUAAUCGUGAUGAAAGAUGGCGUCAUCGUCGAGCAGGGCACGGCCGCGGAAAUCUUCGCUCAUCCCAAACAGGACUACACCAGGGCGUGCUGGCCGGCGAUCCUGACACUGCUGGUUGCCGGCUUCGGUGCGUUGCCGGUGCUGGGCGAGCGCGAAGCCGCGGCUGGCUCGUGGCAACACGGCCUAUCCUUCUACGGCGACUUCAAGUAUCCCCCGGGUUUCACUCACUUCGACUACGUCAACGCGGAUGCGCCCAAGGGCGGCAGACUGGUUCGCGCGAUCGCAGAGAACUUCAACAGCUUUACCCCGUUCAUCGUCAAAGGCAUCCCGGCCCCCGGGCUCGACGUGAUCAUCGAGCCCACUUUGUACGAUUCGCUGCUGCGGCCUUCGGGUGACGAGAUCGGGGUGUACUAUGGCAAUCUUGCAGAAGCCAUCGCCGUUGCAGACGACAUGACCGAGGUGCGUAUGCGGUUGCGGUCGGAAGCGCGUUGGCACGAUGGUGUGCCGGUGUCCGCUCGGGACGUGAAAUUCACCUUCGAGCAUAUUCGCGACAAUGCGAAUCCGGGUGUGAAGGCGGCGUACUUGUCGGUCAAACAGGUCGACGUCAUCAAUGAGAAAGAGGUGCGGUUUCAGUAUCGCUUUCCGGUCAACCUGAACGCCAUGAUGGCCCUCGGUAAAGUUGCCAUAUUGCCUGAGCACUACUGGCGCGACCGCGACAUCACUCAGACCACCACUGAACCUCCGUUGACGAGCGGGCCCUAUCGGAUUGGCCGCUUCGAGAUGGGCCGCUUCAUCGAAUUCGAGCGCGUAACUGACUACUGGGGCAAGGAUCUGGGCCUGCAUCGCGGCAGCUUCAACAUUGAUGUGCUGCGCUACGAAGUCUACCGCGACGCCACCGUACAGCGCGAAGCGUUGCGCAAAGGCCUGUUAGACGUAUUCUACGAGCCGAGCGCUGCUCAGUGGGUGACCGGAUACGAAAGUCAGCCUUUGCUGGUGCGCGAGCACUACGACUAUCAGCAUUACGCCGGAGUUAUCUCAGCGCUUGCCUUCAACUUGACGAUGGAGCGUUUUCAGGACGUGCGGGUUCGAGAAGCGCUGUCGCUCGCCUUCGAUUUCGACUGGAUGAACCGCGUGUUCGAUUACGGGGUUUAUGAGCGACCACGAAGCUACUUCCACGGCACCUAUCUGGCGGCGACGGGAAUGCCCUCCGCUGACGAGUUGGCGCUGCUCGAACCGUUUCGCGACCAGUUGCCUGCCCGCGUGUUUACCCAUGCACCGUUCGAGCCGGCAGCAAACGAGAGCAGGCGCGAACGGCUUGUCCGCGCCCAGGCGCUGCUCGCUGAAGCGGGCUGGCGUCACCGCGACGGGGUACUCGAGAAUGACGAAGGCGUGCCCUUCAAGGUGGAGUUUCUCGUCACGGGACAAGGCGGUCAACGCACACGCUUGCCUUAUGUCGAUCAAUUGCGUCGGCUCGGUAUCGACGCUGCCGUCCGACUGGUCGAAAGUGCGCAAUACAUCAAUCUUCGCCGCGACAACAAAGGCGACGCGGUUGCGGGGAGCCUGGCUGUGAGCAUACCGCCGAAUCAGGAAGUUCCGGCCUAUCUCAGCUCGGCAAGUCGAGGGUCCGCGAAUUUUGCUCAUCUGGCUUCACCAGUCGUCGACGCGUUGAUCGGGCACGUGCUGGGUGCGCGCAGCCGGGACGACCUGAUGGCCGCGUCGCGUGCACUCGAUCGCGUGCUGUACUGGCAGUUCUACUUCGUUCCCUUGCGGCUGGUCGACGGCAUCAACAUGGUCAUAUGGGACAAAUACGGCAAACCAGCAGAGCAAUCACGUGAUCUCGGCGGUUUCCCCAGCACCUGGUGGUGGGAUCCGGCGAAGGCGGCGCGUGUCUCUGAGCAACUGGCAGCCGCAGGCUACCGGGUCAUCGAUACGGACAUGCGUGGUCACGGCCGCAGUGUGCCGCUGGGUAAGGGUGACGCGGGCUAUGACGUUGCAACCGUGGCAGACGAUUUCGCCCGCGUCGCGGAUCAUCUUGGCAUCGACAGAUUCCAUCUGUUAACCCACGCCACCGGUGGUAUGGCGGGGCUGCACUUUGCCUGCCAUCACAGUGAUCGUUUGCUCAGCCUCAUGAGUACUGAUUCGGGCUCCGCGACCAUCCCAUCGGAUGAGUAUGCAGAUGAGCAAUUUGAAAAUCGCCCUUUUGAACUGCGUAAGACGCCGUUUAAAAAUCCAAUGGCUGACAAUCGGGAAACCAUGCUGGUUUUAGAUACGCUGAAACGAGCACGCAACAGCAGCGGGGGUCCUUUCCUGAAUCGCCUGAAUGCAAAUCCUGAGCCUGACCGUUGUUGGGCGGAAACGGCUGACAUUCUCGCUACCAGCACGUCGUUUCAUGUUGCGGACUUCAUGCGCCGUUUUUACACCAAUCCCGAUCCGAAAAUUGCGCAGCUGCGCCAGAUUCGAUGCCCUGUACUGCUGCUGCUUGGCGAACACGACGUGAUGUUUGUUAAACCGAACGAACUGAUGGCCCGUGUGAUACCCAAUGCAAAACAUGUGGUUAUGCCGGGCAUCAACGAGCGUUACUUUGACACGCUUCCCCCAGAUGCGAUUGCGGAUGAACUGCGGCCAGAGAUGGAGCGACUGGGCCUGGUUGACAACUGCCGUCAACUCGCCACCCAAGGUUGGACGGUGAUCGAAGAAGCGGCUUCAGCUGAAUUCAACGCCGCUUUCCGCGACAAGAUAUUGCAGCUGAGUAAAGGCGCAGGCGCCAAUAUGCUGCUCGCCAGGGAUGCGCUGUUCGCCGAGGCAAUACUCAAUCCGAAGCUGCUGGCCAUGGCGGAAUUUUCUGUUGGCCGUGGUUUCCUGCUCAGCCAGGUCGCCGCGAGCGUGCGUGGUAAAGGUGCAGCCAGCAUCGGUUUGCAUGCAGACAAUAACUGGAUUCCAGCCCCGUUUCCGGCGCACAACAUGUUGCUCACCGCCUGUUGGGCGUGUGAUGAAUACACGCAGGAAGGCGGCGCGACGUUAAUCGUGCCAGGCAGCAAUACGCUGCGCCGGCAUCCGGAUGAGGAAGAGACACAAGCGUGUGCUGGUGCCGUACCCAUUGAAUGCCCUGCGGGUUCGGUGGCUAUGUGGGACGGCAACCUCUGGCAUUCGAACUAUCCUCGCGACAUUGAUGGCGAGCGGGUGGUGUGCCACAUCACCUAUACCCGCUUGAUGUGUCGCCAGGUAGAAGACUACGAACCCUGGGCUGAUGAGCUCAUCGCGCUCGGUCUGAACGAUAACCUGCUCGAACUUGAAACCCAGGGGUUCACCGUAGUCAAAGGAGCUUUGUCGGAAGAUCAGAUCAACCGCGCUAAAUCCGCUAUCUUGCGUAGAGCGGAGAAGACUUCUGGCAAGAAAAUCGAUCCUGAUAAUGCCACCGCUGAAGACUUUCACGGCAUGAACUAUCUGCAUUACCUGAUCUUCGACGAUCCGGUGUUCCCGGAGAUCCUGCUGGAAGAGAAGCCGCAUGCACUGAUGCAAUACCUCCUUGGCGAAAGUUGUGUGCUUUCCUCUAUGGGCAGCCAUUUUCGUGGGCCGGGUGGCAUGCCGCUCCCUAUGCAUGCGGACGGAGUGUCCGUGGGUAUGACCGAGACAUCCCUGGUUGCAAACUGCAAUUACGCGCUGACGCCGUAUAACCAGGAAAACGGGGCGUUGGUUCUCGUGCCCAGCAGUCAUCGCAAAAAUCGGCAGCCGACCGCGCAUGAGAACUGGAUGGCCGGGCAUGAGACCGUGUUGGAGGUCAUGGCGAAAGAGCUACCACCGGAGGAAUUGGACGCGAUUGAAUGGACGCCGCCAGUCGGCGCGGUAACCAUGGAGAUUGAUCCGGGUGAUGCGGUGAUCUGGCACGGUAACACCUGGCAUGGCGGAUGGCGAAGGGAAGCGCCCGGCACGCGGAUUAAUCUCGCAGCCUAUUUCUGUCGUCCGCACUUAACUACCCAGGAGCGCCGCGGUGAUGAUCGUUAUCCGGAAGUCUUCGAACGCUUCGCCAAUGAACCGCGCUUUGCUCAACUGAUGGGAGAGAACAUCUACAACGGUUGGCGUGAAGAAGGAGGCAGCGUGGAAUACGUACAGCUUGGCCGCUCGGGGUUGCGGGUGAGCCCCCUUGUGCUGGGUACAGUAAAUUUCUCCUGGCUGACAGACGAGGCGGACUCGUUUGCAAUCAUGGAUCAUGCAUUGCAGCUUGGUGUCAAUUUCUUUGAUACAUCGAAUAACUACAACGCAGGUCAGACGGAGGCUUUGCUGGGGCGUUGGUUUGCGCAGGGUGGCGGACGGCGUGACCAGGUUGUGCUUGCCACCAAAGUCUAUUCGCCGCCGAACGAAUGGGCAUCACCGGAUGAAGCCAAGCGUACGGGAAGCUGGGUGGGCCCUAACGAAAGGGGUCUGUCUGCCAAAAAUAUUCGAGCAGCCGUGGAUGCCAGCCUCAAACGUUUGCAGACCGACUACAUCGAUGUGUACCAGACACACCAUGUUGACCGCCUAGUGCCCUGGGAUGAGCUGUGGCAAGCCAUGGAUAUUCUGGUCCAGCAAGGCAAGAUCCUUUAUGUAGGCAGUUCAAAUUAUGCCGGUUGGCACAUUGCACAGGCACAGGCUGUCGCCCAGCAGCGCGGCAGUUUUGGUUUUGUCAGUGAACAGAGCGUUUACAACCUGAUGAACCGUCACAUUGAGCUCGAGGUCGCUCCCGCGUGUGAUGCUUUGGGAUUAGGUCUGUUGACCUAUAGUCCUCUGGCGGGAGGGGUUCUGGGAGGACGCCUCCCUGAAGGUGAAGCAGGUCGUCGUUCGUUUAUGCCAAAUACCGAAGCUGAUCGUCUGCAGCGGUAUCUGGCCUUGUGUGAGGAUAUUGGCGAGUCGCCGGGAGACGUUGCAUUGGCCUGGGUUGCCGCCCAGCCCCAUAUUACCGCACCUAUCAUCGGGCCGCGGACCAUGGAUCAGUUUUCAGGCAGCGUCAAAGCCAUUGACAUACAGCUGAGUACAAGUGUGUUGGAGCAGCUUGAUGAGCUGUUCCCAGGACCCGGCGGUCCGGCACCUGAAGCCUAUUCGUGGUAG